UUAUCACCCUGAACACAGUUCUUCUAAUCCGUUCUUAGAGGCUUAGUUGUUCCACAGAGUAGGCUGUGCACAGUUUGUCUCAGAGGAAACCAUCCAAACAACCUGGACUUUCUACGUGGUUCUGUCUUUGUCUCCAGCAACCCCCUCGGUCCAAACAGCUGGAUUAUUUCAAGUACAAUCGUUUCCAGCAGCCCAACUUUGAAGACCAGGCUGACAACUGUGUAGAACUGAGGAAUACCUGCUUGUCUUUUUAUAUUCAACAUUUGUAUUUAAUACUUCAUAAGAUGAAGGACCGUCUGGCACAGUUGAAGGAGAAGAGUGAUCCAGGUGGAGAUGAUACUGAGGUUCCUGUGGAAAAUGAGGCUUUCAUGGACGACUUCUUUGCACAAAUUGAAGACAUACGCACCAGCAUUGACAAGAUUGAUGAAAACAUAACGGAAAUUAAAAAACUUUACUCCACCAUCUUGUCCGCCCCAACAUCAGACCAGAAAACACAAGAUGAUGUUGAAGCUUUCACCAAUGAGAUAAAAAAGUCAGCAAACAAUGCACGAAACAAGCUCAAGACAUGCAAUUUUGGCCAAAAAGUUUGUGGAAGUGAUGACAAAGUACAACGAAGCUCAAGUUGAUUUCAGAGACAAAAGUAAAGGACGAAUCGCCCGACAGCUGGAGAUCACGGGAAAAACAACAACUGAUGAAGAACUGGAGGAGAUGCUGGAAGGGGGGAAUUCUGCUGUUUUCACUGCUGGGAUUAUGGAGUCUAAGAUCAACCAGCAGGCACUGGAUGAGAUUGAGGCUCGUCAUAAAGACAUCAUGAGGCUGGAAAGCAGCAUUAAGGAGCUUCAUGACAUGUUUGUUGAUAUUGCCAUGCUGGUAGAAAACCAGGGAGGCAUGAUUGACAGAAUUGAGAGCAACAUGGACCAGUCCGUAGGUUUCGUAGAGAGGGCUGUGGCCGACACCAAGAAGGCUGCCAGGUUCCAGCAGGAGGCGCGCAGGAAACAAAUGAUGAUCCUCUGCUGCUGUGUGAUUUUGGCCCUGGUCCUGGGUUCAUUCGUCUACAGCUUCAUCAAAUAAGGAGCCAGAUGGAGAACCUGCUGAAGUUCUCAAGCAGCUUUGGGUUCAUGACAUUUCAAUCAAAAUAAAAUAAAAUAAAAUUGUUUUUAUUCUUUCUCAGUAAUACUGAUGAAUAUCAUGUUCAUUUUACAUAGUUAAGAUUUUCUGUGAAUAAUCAGUCGAAGUUUAUUCUGUGAAGUAUUUGACUAACAAGGAUAGAUAUUAAGAGUGAACUAGACUGUUUUAGAUGGUUUUGUUAAUUUAAAUCAGUAUUCCCAACCGUCUCUGUGAAAAGCUACUUUACAACCAAAGAAGAUAAGAAACGAGACUUUUAAAUGUAAUUUWGUUUAAAGUUGUGGCUGCCAUGCUGGCCCAACCAGUUCACCAAUAAUAAUAAAAAUAAACUUCAUCAUGAAAAGUUCAUAUGAUCUAUCAGAAAUGUACACAUUAUUGUGUUAAACUUCUCAGGGAUGCAAAAAAGAGCACAAAUAUAUUUAGUCAUUGCUUUUGUAAUGGUAAUGUUUUUUAUUUUAUUUUGCUGUCACAUUAUAAAUGUAGAAGAGUAGGAGGAUUGUCGCAGUGUGAAGUGAACAACGUGGCUCAGAUACAUCUUUCUUCAUUGUUCAAAACAAUAAAAAAUCAUUAGUUUUG